CUCCAUAUCUUCUUCAAACAUUCUCGUUCUUGCUACACAAAUCAUGGCUUCUAGCAAAGGAUUUGCUGCUCUAGUCAUUGCCGCCGUGCUUCUCCUGGCACUCGUGGAGCCAAGUGUGGCCCAGGGAAUUUCCAGCAGGGCUACGUUCUACACACCUCCAUACCAGCCGUCCUCUUGCUUUGGGUUUGAUCCUCUCCCAGCAGAUUUUCUGUUCGCAGCGGCGUCUCCGGCAGUCUUCAACAAUCGCGCAGCUUGUGGGACCUUUUUCUGCGUGAGAUGCACUGGAAAUGGCUGCAGGAAUGGCAACACUAUCCGAGUGCAGAUUGUGGAUCUUUGCCCGGGCUGUCCAGGUGCUUUUGAUCUCUCCCAAGAGGCAUUUGCACGGAUUGCAGACCCAGCUGUUGGAGUUAUCAGUGUCAACUACAACGCAUGCUAAAUAUCUCUGAUAUCAUGAUCAGCAAUCAUACACAAUAAUUUAUCAAGAGGAUUGAUGAAUCGUUCUCGAUUCUAGCCUUCUUACCCAUACACAAUCGUGAGAGCUUUGAAAUCUUUUCCAAGCUUUAAUGGCGUGGUAUGUAGUGAUCUUGCAUGGCAAAGUCUUUC